UCAGACAGGGAGAUGCAGUGGGUGAUCCGUACCUCGGUGGUGGUGUGUGGCCUGGCGGGGACGGCCCUGACCUUCCUGGAUAACAGUGUUCUGGUUUUCUGGCUGGUGGGCGUUGACAUGUCCUACACCAUCAUGUUCCCACAGCUUGUCUGUGUCCUCUUCUUCAAGGUGUCCAACGGUUACGGUGCCAGUGUGGGGUAUGUCCUAGCGUUGGUCCUCCGUAUCCUGAGUGGGGAACCCCUCAUCAACCUUCCCCCUGUCAUCCACUUCCCUGGGUUCAGGAUGGACGCGGAGGGCGUGAUGACCCAGUACUUCCCGUUCCGUACCACCAUCAUGCUGACGUCUCUCUGCUCCAUCCUCAUCACCUCCUGCGUCACCUCCGUCAUCUUUAACAAGGGGCUGCUGUCGGAGAGGYGGGACGUGUUUCAGAUCAAGAGGUCGCAGGCCAAAGUGACGGCGCUGACCAAGCUUAAGAAAGAGGAGAGUAAAAAGGACUACGYGAAGGCCAAGGAGGCGGUGGUGAACAAACAGCUUCUGGACACCAGCUGCUGAACAGGGGAGAACGAUGGAAACUGAGGACGGCCAUAUUGAGGCAAAGGGUUUCGUUGGUCGGGCGGACAUUUUGUGUUUCUGCUGAGGACUCGGAAGGAUUUGGAGACGGGAGGAUGGUCGAAAACACGCAACAACAACAAAAAAACAACACCCAUUAAGACAUGUGGUCAUAAAACAUUGUGUUGCUGGUAAAAAUGACCAGACACUCGGCAGUUUCCAGUGACCCGGGUUAAUGACCAGACACUCGGCAGUUUCCAGUGACCCGGGUUAAUUAGACAAAAGCAACGUCGCAAAGAAAAACGGCAGUUCUAGGAGAAACAUUCUAAUGAACGACAACAAUCCUUUUCCACAGAGGUGGAGUUUUAUUUUGUCUGACUUUCUUUAUUGAGACAAAUGAUCCAAACUGUGUUUUUCUAAUAAACGAUGAUUGCCGAAUACUUUUGAAGGUACGCGGGGCACGUGAUGUCAUCACAUCACUAUAAAGCAGUUUAUACCCCACAGUUCAUUCUAAAUGCCGACUGCUUGCUAAAUCUAUUUCUAAACUAUAAAAGAAAAUAAUGUUUCUUUGCAGGACAAGGAUUGUCUUGACUUUCAAGAAAGCCUGAAUUGCUUUGCUUUGCUUUGCUGAUUGGCUGGAUGCAAGUUUCACCAUCUUAGCCCCUACACCAUAGACGUCAAACUCAUUCCACAGAGGGCAGAGUGUCUGCAGGUUUUCGCUCCUUGUACUUGAUUGAUGAAUUAAGGUCACUAAUUAGUAAGGAAUUCCCCUAACCUGGUUUUCGAGGGCUUAAUUGAAAGGAAAAACCUAAAACCAGCAGACAACUAGGCCCUUCAUGGAAUGAGUUUGACACCCCUCUCCUAGACACUCCUAUGGAUCUCAUAUAAGAGUCACGGUAACGCUUUCAUCUUGCCUUUUUUACGAUUGGCUGGGUGGAACUGUUGCCCUAUUGCUUCCACCAAUCAGAUCCUCUCAGAUCUACAGUAGUGGCCAGGAGGGAGGGGCUACAGUGCCUGAUUUGGAAUUCAGAAUGUUUGAGUGACAGUUGUAGAAGGGGUCUAUUAUAUAGUUCCCUUGAUUUCAUUGGAAAUACAUUUUUCACUUUACCUGACGUUGACUGUAUCACGAAGCGACACCAUACGGGUGUGUAUACUGUAUAUAGUACCAGUCAGACGUUUUGGACACACCUCCUCAUUCAAGGGUUUUUCCUUUAUUUG